AUGGCCUCAUUUGAGAAACGAUUGCUUGCGCAGACCGUGGACCAUGCUGCUGAACAUGACCCGGAAAGACUCUUUGCAGUUGUCCCUCGAGGCUCUGACCUGUCCGAUGGAUUCUUCAACAUGACCAUGAAGGAUUUGGCUCGUGCUGUGAACUUUGUGUGUUGGUGGAUCGAAAAAACCAUUGGCCUGGACAGUGGCAAGGAAACACUGGCUUACAUGGGCAGCAACGACGCGCGCUAUAUCAUUUUCACCUUAGCGUGCCAGAAAACUGGCUACCAGGCAUUUUUACCUUCGACAAGAAACUCCGACGAGGCGCAGCUUCAUCUGCUGAAGGCGACUGGAUGUUCAAAAUUCUUCUUCAGCGAGGAGCGAAGUCCUCGUGUCCUGGAGAUCAAGGGGCUUUGCUCUGGGCUCGAGAUCUUCCGAGUCCCUCCUUUGAAGACAUUGUUUGGAGAUGAGACAGGUCUGCGCCAUUAUCCAUUCACCGUAUCCUACCAAGACGCGGAAGACGACAUCGUCUGUAUAAUUCACAGCUCAGGCACGACCGGAAUGCCAAAGCCGGUGCCUCUCACAAACGGGUUCUUCACGACGAUGGAUGCUAAGCCACAUCUAAAAUGGCCCGAAGGUCGUUGUCCGUCCGCUUUCUUCUAUAUGACCCAGCAAGACCGUGUCCUAGCCACAACACCGUUCUUCCACCUGAUGGGAUUCAUAUCCUUCGCAUUCUCUAUAUUUCACGAAGUGCCGGCUGUCUUCGGACCAGAUAAGCCCCUGUCCGUGGGACACCUGGUUGAACUCAUGAAGAUGACUCGCCCCACGGGCGGCCUAUUCCCUCCAUCCGUGCUAGAGGAUAUGAGCCAUUCUGAAGAUGGCCUGCAAUGUCUGAAAGACCUAAAAUUUGUCUCCUUCGGUGGUGCCCCCUUGGCUGGUGAAACAGGAGACCGACUCCGCCAAUUCACUAAAGUGGUCUCAGUGAUUGGGACCAGCGAGAUCGGCUGGAUUCCUAGUUUACUACCGGAGGAUGACACCAACUGGGACUACUUUGAAUGGCUUCCUGCAUAUGGAAUCAGCAUGCAAGAUAUUGGCGAUAACCUGUACGAAAUGGUCAUCCCCCGUCGUCCCGAUUCUCGCGAGUACCAAGGUAUCUUCCACACAUUCCCCGACCGCGACAUCUACCGGACAAAUGAUUUAUACACUCAGCACCCAGCGAACCCAAACCUCUGGAAGUAUUAUGGCCGAAAAGAUGAUGUGAUUGUUUUGAGCAAUGGCGAAAAGUUCAACCCGGUCACUAUGGAAGUGAUCAUCGAGACUCACCCACUGGUGUCAAGAGCAGUUGUCGUCGGCCAGUCUCGAUUCCAGGCUGCUCUGCUGGUAGAACCUCAUCCCGAAGCUCCAGAAAUGGACUCAAAUUCCUUUAUCGAAGAAAUAUGGCCAGCGGUGCAGGCUGCAAAUCAAACUAUUGCUGCCCAUGGGCGCGUGAUGAAGAGCAAGAUCGGAUUCGCCUCCAAGGCCAAGCCAUUCAAGACAACCCCCAAAGGUACUACACAGCGACGUGCCGUGGUUCGGGACUACGAGAAGGAAAUCAACGCCAUCUACGAGAGAGACAUUGAAGAUGAUUUGCAGGGCUGUCUCCCUGACACGCUCGAUCAAGACAGCAUCACGGGAUAUACCCAUCGGACUAUUGCUCGAGUCUUAGAGAGACCUGAUGUGCCUAUCAACCAGGAUCUUUACAACGCUGGUCUUGACUCUCUGAUGACAAUGCAAGUUGCAAAGGCAUUGCAGCGAGGCAUCCAGAAGCUCCAGCCGCAGGUCAAGCCGGGGGCUAUCACUCCUCAGACAAUCUACGCCAACCCAACCGUGGAGCAGCUAGCUAGUGUCAUUUGUGGCAUUGUGGAAGGCAAGGCUCAAGCUAGUGUUCCCCGAGACGAGAAGAUCCGAGGCCUGGUGGAAAAGUACACUGCCGAUCUUCCAGAAGCACGGAGUGACCUGCCUCUUGUUCUACCGAGCUCACCAUCGACUGUCAUCUUGACAGGUUCCACAGGAUCCCUUGGCAACUAUCUCCUGAACGACUUGCUCAGCAGGCCUUCCAUCUCUAAGGUUUACUGUUUGAACCGUUCAGAUGCCGCAAGCCGCCAGAAGAAGAGCAUGGAAGAGAAGGGUCUUCAGGUUGAGGCCGGUGACUGGGUGAACAAGAUUGAGUUCCUUCAAGCCUCAUUCGGAGAGACCGGGUUUGGCCUCGACGAGACCAAGUACCAAGAAAUGCUGGACUCUGUUGACACAAUCAUUCACAAUGCUUGGAAAGUCGACUUCAACCACUCAGUCGAAUCAUUCGAGGAUACCCACAUUCGCGGCCUACGUCACUUCGUGGACUUUAGCUUGAAUAGUCGGUUCAGAGCUCAUCUCCACUUCGUCUCCUCUAUUAGUACCGUUGGCUCUUGGACUCCAACGAUGGGAUCCGUUGUGCCAGAACUUCCAAUGGAAGAAUCCUCUGUGGUGCUUCCCCAGGGCUAUGGUGAGUCAAAGCAUGUCUCCGAGCGCAUCUGCCUGGAAGCUUCACGGCGCUCUCGUGUUCCUACAACCGUCUACCGUGUUGGUCAGAUUGGCGGUCCAACCACAGCAAAAGGAGAAUGGAACCGCCACGAGUGGCUCCCCACCAUCAUUGCCACAUCUAUCUCUAUGGGAAAGAUCCCGAGUCAACUUGGCUCCAUGCCCGUGGACUGGGUUCCUGUGAAUGAUCUCUCAUCAAUUAUGACGGAGAUAGUCCACGCCCGCCACGGAGAUCAAUCCGAGACUCCUACAGCAGUAUUCCACCUCACCAAUUCCAAAUCAGCCCAGUGGUCAUCGCUCAUUCCAGCCAUCCGGGAAAGAUACCAAGUGAAGCCCGUCGACUUCAGUGCCUGGGUUGCUGAGCUCGAGAGCAUCCAGAAUCCCAGCAGUAUUGAUGUAGCUGAGAAGCCUGCCCUAAAGCUGCUCAGCUUCUACCGUGGGCUGGUCGAUGAGAGCCACGCCGCAAUGGCUGUGCCGUUGGAUGUUAGCAAGGCUAAGGAGGCGAGUGAGACUAUGAGGUCUUUGGGACCUAUCUCCGCGCCGCUAAUGUCGAAUUGGCUUCAGCAGUGGCAGUUCUAG